CUACUGGCGUGCGCAACUGCCGUAUCUCCCGUUUAGCCGAGUGAAGGGGCCUGUUCGUAGAAGUCCGUGGGCACGGAAGAAAAGCAUCCAUCCCAGAGCCAUGGUCCAUGUCUUCCUCAUCCACACCUUGCGGGCCACGAAGGCUGAGGAGGGCCUUUGCCGAGUGCUCUACUCCUGCUUCUUUGGUACCGAGAAUUCACCCAACGACCCACAGCCACAUGGUGCUGAGAGGGACAGGCUCCUCCGAAAGGAGCAGAUUUUGGCCGUGGCCAGGCAGGUGGAGUCCAUGUGCCAACUGCAGCAGCAGGCGUGCGGCCGGCCUGCUGUGGACCUGCAGCCCCAGUCCUCAGAUGACCCAGUGCGCCUGCAUGAGUCCCCAUGUGGGGCCUUCCGCCUGACGGCAGGGGACCCUUUCCAGGAGCCUCGGACGGUGGUGUGGCUAGGCGUGCUCUCAUUAGGCUUCGCCCUGGUGCUGAAUGCCCACGAGAACCUGCUGCUGGCAGAGGGCACGCUUCGGCUGCUGGCCCGCCUUCUCCUUGAGCACCUCCGGCUGCUGGUCCCCACUGCCAACCUCCUGCUACGGGCUGACUGCAUCGAGGGCAUCCUCGCCCGCUUCCUGCCCCAUGGUCAGCUGCUAUUCCUCAAUGACCAGUUUGUCCAGGGUCUGGAGAAAGAAUUCAGUGCUGCCUGGACCCGCUGACCCCUCAAUGGGAUGGAACUCCCUAAGAGGGCAAGGAGGGAGGAUGGGGAUGGACAGAUAUACAGCCAGGUAAAAUUUGGCAUCUGCCUCCUUCCCAGCCUCCUCCCAACUCUGGUGUGCUGCCACACCCAGGACAAAUGGAUGGGACAAGCUGGCAGAAAAGGGGGCCAGGGAGAGGGUAGAGAGGAGGAAUCACAGAGCAUCCUAUACCUGGAGUGACCUCGUGACUUAUUCAGACUGCUGCAGUGGUCCAGCCCCGCUUGUCCUUGACCCCACUUUCUCCCAUCCCUGCCAGCCAGCCCCAAACAGUCCACCAGCCACUAGUGCUGGGGCAGUAAGGAACGGCUGCUUGGAACUCAGCCCACUUUCUUCCAAACCCAUAGUCAUUGCAGUGCAAAAGGAGUCUCUGAGAUUUCGAGGGUCAGGGAGCUGGCUUCUGCCUUUGCACCUACUUAGGCACCAUCAUCAAGGAUUUUGUUGGCGAGGGCCUGCUCAGUGUCCAGCCCCACCACAGUUCACAAAGGUGUGAGUUGUUCAGCAGAGAGGCUCCAUAGCUCCUUUUGGGCCCAGCCUAUGCCUACUGGCAGCCAUGAGAUAAUCAUGGGCUUACUUUGUCUGCAGGGAGAGAGGGUGGUGUCAGGUGAGAGAGAUCUGAUGUUGUCCUUCUCAUUUUGAAUUAAAAGCACCGAGUGUGUGAUUUCA